AUGGCAAGGAUGAGAUGGUGGACAGCAACGGGGGCUACCAACUGCAUGUGUGAGCAGAAGAAGGGCAAAUUAGUUGGAUACAAAAAUGAGUGUGCCAAGAAGGGUGAUGGUCCAGCCAGUCAGUGCGGAGACAAGUGCAACAAUAAGGUGAGGGACGGUUGGAUGUGCGUCUCGGCUCAAGAACACUUGUUUUGUCUUGCCAUUGUUCUGCUGGACCAUGAAAUGCUUGUGGAAUCCUGCCUUGAUUUCCAGCAUUCUGCUGCAACCUGUGCAUUGCUGGGAAAAGAAAAGUCGUUGAGACAGCUGUGA